AUGUCCGUCUUCGGCAACGCACACUGGCUUCUCUACCUCACCCACUGGACGUUCGCCCUCCAGACCCUCUACUACUUCCUCGCCCUCGGCUCUGCGAUCCACCUGUGGCUCAACAGCGGCCGCAAGCGCCGGGCGGGGUGGCUGUGGUCCUCUCGCGAGAUAGGUGGAGGCGGCCGAGAGCUGGAAGGGGUAGGAGGGGGCCCCGCGAUCAAGGGUAGGGGGGUGGGGAGAGCAGGGAACGACAGCGCGCGCGACCGUUCCAAGGAGAAAAGGGAAGGCCUCGGCAGGAGCGCGGCGGCGGCCGUCGACGCUGGGAAGGAGGGUCUACCGCUGCCGAAGCCUGCGGGUGGCGGCGGGGAGGUGGCGGCAAAGCGCGGCGGCGACGGCCACGGAGCUGCUGCGGCAGGAGGGGGGAACGGAGAACACAUUGCUCUGGAGCGCUGGCGCAAGCUGCAGUGGGGCCUGUUGAUCGUGUGCGCGGACUCGGCGAUAAUCGUGACGGGCGUCUACUGGACCUUCCUCUACAACGGCUGGACGGACCAGCUCAACCUGCAGAUCCACUUGUUCAACGCUCUGUUCAUGGCGGCGAACGUCUUUGUCGGGGGCUCUCCCUUCAAGUGGGAGCACAUCGGCAUCGCCUACAUCUACGGAUUCCUGUACCUAGGCUUCGACAUCCUGUACUACAUCUUCGGCUCGGUCUUCGGCUACGAGGACUCGAGGGUGAUCUACUUCUUCCUCGAUUGGGGAGGCGCCCCCGGGAGGUCCGUGACGGUGUCGCUGUUCCUGCUGUCGGUCGGGCUGCCGUUGUCUCACGGGCUGCACGUGGCUGUGGCCUGGGGCAGGGACUGGGUCAGGAGGAUGCGGCCCGGCUGGGGUUGGCAGGGCACCGACGAAGAAGACUUCGAGAGGGUGAUGGAGAUGAGCGGCCUGAGGGACACGGACGUCUGGGCGCCGCUGACGGGGGAAGGUUUCGACAGCGAGGAGGAGGAGAUGGGCGGCGCCUCCGUCUUCCACGACUACCACCACGCCGCUGCUAGGGUCCCGAGCGGCAACGGGAAACGCGGCGGUGCUAGCAGAGCCGUUGCUGGCCUCCGCCAACAAGAGAAGAAGAAGCCUGACGGCGUGGGCGCGAGUAGAGGUAGUGCUGCGGGGUUUUACGCAAGAUAA